AGGCCCCGCCCCCAGGCCUCGGCGGCACGUGACCAGCGCGUCCCCGGCCCGGUGCGCGCGCAGGCAGGGUCCGCGCACGCGCAGACCGCGCCGUCUGCGGCGGGGACCAUGGCGUCCGAGCGGCUCCCGAGCCGGCCCACCUGCCUCCUCGUGGCCAGCGGCGCCGCCGAGGGAGUGUCAGCCCAGUCCUUCCUCCACUGCUUCACGCUGGCCAGCGCUGCCUUCAACCUGCAGGUGGCCACCCCUGGGGGGAAGACCAUGGACUUCGUGGACGUGAAUGAGAGCAAUGCACGCUGGGUACAGGACUUCCGCCUCAAGGCCUAUGCCAGCCCCGCCAAGCUCGAGUCCAUCGACGGUGCCCGGUACCAUGCCCUCCUGAUUCCCAGCUGCCCCGGGGCCCUGGCGGACCUGGCCAACAGUGGGUCUCUGGCCCGAAUCCUGCAGCACUUCCACUCCGAGAGCAAGCCCAUCUGUGCCGUUGGCCACGGGGUCGCCGCCCUGUGCUGCGCCACCAACGAGGACCGGUCCUGGGUGUUCCAGGGCUACAGCGUGACCGGGCCCUCCGUGUACGAGCUGGUCAGGGCCCCGGGCUUCGCCCGCCUGCCCCUCAUCGUGGAGGACUUCGUGAAGGACGCCGGUGCCGGCUUCAGUGGAAGUGACGCUGUCCCGGCUGAGCCACCCUCCUACCAGUGGAUGCCACCACCUCCAGAGGCCCAGGUGCCCAGGCAGCGGGACUCCGGCUCAGGGCCCGAGCCUCCGACAGCCCCUGAGGCUGACUUCACCUGGCCAACCAGGCCUGUGGGGCUGCAGGGCCUCCGGGCGUUGGCCUGAGGGUGUCAGGUCUUGGGGUGCGAGGCCAAGGUGUUCCCUGGCACCAGGUGGGGCUCGGGUCCCAUGUGGAGCGUCCACAGGGAGUUGUACCCAGAGAACCAGCGGGGCAUUGCAGGGUGGGGUGGUGGCCCCUCUGGUCCUCCUGCACCAGCACUCAGCACUGGGUGUCCCCUCUGCCUGUCCCUGGCGCCCAGAUCGGGAGCAGAGGUCGACCCCCCUGGGAGCAGGAUGACCACGCUGGCCCAGCAGUGACAGGCAGGGGUCCCAGAGUCGGUACCUGUGUGGGGAGGGCCGUGCCCUGGCGGUCUCUGUCCCCCAGCCCUGCGGGUGCUGCUGAGUGGGGAGGGGCCAGCUGGCUGGAGCUCGGUCAGCACUUUUGAGUUGGGUCAAAGGUGAAGGGGAACUAAUCUGUGGUCACGGCUCAGGGCCCCCAGACUUGCCCCGAUUUUAACCUUUGCCUUGUGUGUGGGUUCGGGUGGUGGUGACCCUAUGUCAGGCCAGGGUGGACCUCAGGGCAGACGGCAUCCUGUCGGCAUUUCCCGGAAGGUGAAUUGGCCUGGCCGUCAGCCCCAUGUGCCCAGGUGCCAGGGUGACGGGUGGCUGUCUGCUCAAACCCUGACAGACACACCUCCGGGGCAUGGUCUGUAUCACCCGUAAAAUCAGUCACUCCUGCUGAGGUUUCUGUCCGGUCACGCCUACUCUGCUCCCUGCAGAUAGGUCCUGAGUGAGGGUGGGAGGAGGAACCGGAAAGCCCUGGCAGGGCAGGGGCGGGAUGGAGCCUCUGGGAUUCCCCCACGCACCCAGGAGCUCUGCAGCAGCACGCUCAGGAAGGAACGGACAGGCUGGCCCGUGAAUGGAUCUUGUUAAAGGGCAGCGUUAGCGCCAUGUGGUGAGGCGUUUGCUGUGAAAGAAUGAAGUCCUGCCCAGCCCAUGUGGCUCAGUGGGUUCAAUUCCCAGUCGGAGCACACGCAUGGGUAGUGGGCUCAGUUCCGUGUGGAGUGUGCAAGAGGCAGCUAAUCAGUGAUUCUGUCAUCAGUGAUGUUUCUGUUUCCCUCUCCUUUCUCUAUGAAACCAAUAAAAAUACAUUAAAAGCUGAAACCGGUUUG